CCGCUCCGCCCCGCGGAUUCGGCGGUCCGCUCGCCGUCGCUGUCGCUCCCUCCUCUAAUCGAAGCUCGAAAGUCGAAGUUGCGACUUGAGGAGCUGUGCCUGUAGCUAUGACAACAGCACUUAGAGGCCAAGCGACCGGUCGCUUCUACAAAGCUUUUCACGCCUGGUCCAGACUCGGAAAUGCCCAUCAACGACGAUGCUUCAUUCCAACCCAUUCCGUCAACGAGGCCAAUGACGCGCAUUCUAGCCGCCUCACCAACGAACAACAUGGCCAAGGAGAAGUACGACGUUCAAAACGAGAAACGCGCCUUGCAGAACUGGGAUACACUCCGCAGUCAGUUGGUCACAUAAAGAUACCUCAAGAACGCCUCGCCCGUAUCCUAAAACAUCCCGAUUUCCUCAACAAACUCAGUGCCGUCUACGGUACCACCAUCGAGCCUGUUACAGAACCUACCCAAGAUCAAUCAGAACCCACCGACCUUCAAGCAAUCCGGGUAGUUACUCCCGAGAGGAGAAUAUGGACCAUGGUCAAAGGGAUCCUGAGGCUUGAGAAUGCCGAAGAACAUGAUUUCGACAAAUACUCCUCGUCACUUGCCAAUCAAGAACAUGCUGGGGAGGACAAGCAGGUUCAAAUAUCCUACCAUAUGCCCCGUCGAGUGUUUGGGCUACUCACGGAAAACGAUUCGGAGUUGAUGUCGAAGAUCGAAGAAAGGUUCAUGGUCCGGAUCAAAGUCAGUACUCGGAAGGGUUCCCACCAAAGGCCUGGAAUUUUUAUCAAUGGCAAGCAGGAUGCUGCAACCAAAGCUUUGAAUUUCGUCAAGUCUGUCGACUUCCCGGCUGAAGAAUCGACGCCUGUUCAAUUGAAGCCCGAUGAGAUAAGGAAGACCUACAAGACUGCCAUGCGCAGUGUUCCCUCCAGCGUUGUCGUUUUGACUACCCACGAUGGCUCAUCAGGAGCCAAAGUCACUCUCGACUCCAUUCGUGGUAUGACAGUAUCAUCCAUGACUUCUGUCACUCUUGAACCAGAGCCCAUCAUUUCCUUCAGCAUCCGUGGUCCAAGCCGUACACUCGACUGCAUCAACCAAGGUCAACCCUUCUACGUCAACUUCCUCGCCGACAACCGACAAGGUGCUCUAAUCGCCGGUGAAUUCGCACAAUACCAUGAAGAUCCUUCCCAACCUUUCCGCACCCUCGAAGAACAAGAACUCACCUCUAUUUCACCUCACAUGGACUCUCGCGGCCCUUAUUUCAAGGGCAGAGACAACCCUGCUUAUUUCAAAUGCGAGCUUUUGCCUGGAAAAACAAUCGAAAUUGGGGACCACACUGUCAUAUUCGCUCGCGUUGAGCAUAUUUGGGUUAGCCCCAGGAUGUACAGCCAACGGCCCAAGUUCCUCGCUUACGCUCAAACGCAAUACCAUGCGCUUGCCAAAAAACCCAUAGAUCUUACGCCACCGGAGGCUUCGGUCGCACAACCCCAACAACAGACAACGACAAAGUCUGAGGCCUCUCAAACACCUCAAGGGCCUACUGCCGCCGAAAUCGAGGAUGCAAAGACUGCCCAAGAGUUCAACGACAAGUAUUGGAGUAUGGCUAUGGGCGAGGGUGAGGAAGAGGACGGCAUUCUUGAGGAGCGCGCUGCUGAUCAACGCGCCGUAGGCGAUGCUGAGAAGCCAGCCGAUUUUGACAAGAAAUGAAGAUGUUGCGAGUUCACGACGAUACCCCGAUAGGCCCGAGUGCCCGAGUCGCGAAGACAUAUCUUCGCUUUUGGAUGUAAGAAUAUAUAUUUUGUACAACUACCAUAGAUGCAUAAUCAUGACUGUUACGUCUCUAUGUUUUUUUACUCUGCCACUCAACUCGAGUUGCGUGAUCGCUCUCUUUUCUCUCUCGUCAGAUCGGUCAUUAGUCAAGGGUUGACAUCUUCUACGCUGACUUCUAC